AUGGCCCUGAGCAUCUUUGUGCCCAUCAAGGUUCUAGCCUCGCUGGGGAACCUGUCCCAGAAUCGGAAAAAUAAUCACGUGAUAUGGACUGUCCCCAGGGAUGAGGCCGAUGUGCUGUACAGGCUCCUGUCUGAAGAGCUGAUGCGACGUGAACAAGUGUCCGUGCCAGAUGGAAAUCCAUCAGAGGAGGAAAAAAUGUUUCUCUUAUGUUUUCCCUUAUGGAAGUACAAGCUGGAAAAGACUAUCAAAGAACUGAACAGCAUUGCAGACCAGGUUGAUGCAGCCCACAAGAUGCUCACCAAGACCCCCCUGGUGGCUAGCUCCUCAGGUGCUGUCUCUGCGGCCGUGAGCCUCCUGGGUUUGGCCCUGGCACCUGUGACAGUAGGAGGGAGUCUGAUGCUCUCAGCACUUGGGCACGGCCUUGGGGCAGCAGCUGUCAUGACCAACAUUUUGACAAGUGUCUUAGAAAAUAGAAGCAAUUCGGCAGCUCGAGACAGAGCCAGGAGACUGGUGUCUCUUCCAGCGACAGGGGAGAAUGAAGCUUUGGGAGGAAUAAACCUGUCCGAAGUCAGAGCUGCGGACUUGCCUAUUAAGCAAUCUGCUGGAGUUAUCAACAUCAGGGAACUUCAGGCCUACCGGACGGCCAAAGCCAAAGCCAACUCUGGUUUCAUGGCUACGGUCAAGAAUUUCGCAGCCACAGGCUGUGUCCCCUUCUGGAGGGCCAGAGGGGUGAAGAGAGCCGUUGAGGGCCCAGCUCUGGCCAUGACCAGGGGCGCCCGGCUGAUGGCUGUUGCUGGGGCUGGCUUCUUUCUUAUGCAAGAGGUGAACAGCCUCCUGCAGAACUGGAGGCACCUGGAGGCGGGGGCGAGGGCGGAGAUGGCGGAGCAGCUGAGACCGUGGGCCAAGGAGCUGGAGCAGUGGCUGGGCCAGCUCACCCGGCGCUACGAGCUGAUCAUCCUGAGGCGGGGCUCCGAGGAGCCGUCACUGAACCAGAAGGUAGGAAGGGGGUGGGCGUAAGACAGUGUGGUCAUGGUCCUCCUAGAGCUUCCCAUGGCGGGGCGGGGGAUGCUAUAGAGUGGACAUAUAAAUAGAUAAUCACGAUGUCCUUUCU